AUGUACAUACAAAUACAUACCUAUGGUCUCCACUUGCUCAGGAAUGAAAUAACGCUCCUGGAGAGCCUCUCUCAACCCUUGCGGCCGCUCUUAGUACGCUCUGUCUCCACGCUAGUGCCAAAAAUGAUUAUGAACAUCAGCUCUCUCUUAGCUUUUCUUUCAUUUUCAUGUCUCCUUGUCUUGGCGCCUGCUCUACCGACCAGAAAACCCUCAUCUCGUGCCUUGGUUGCUCAAGAGCCAAGUACAGACCCCUUUUACCAGCCUCCCGCGGGCUUUGAAUCCACUGAGCCAGGAACAAUUCUUAAGAACCGCAGCAUUAACGCAGCCUUCUUUGGCGUCAUUCCAGAUCCAAUUGAAGCGUAUCAGCUUCUUUAUCGCACGACAGCUGUUAACGGGAGCGCAAUCGCGACGGUGACAACGAUAUUCAAGCCUUGGGGCUGGUCAAAAAAGGAUCGCUACAUUUCUUACCACACAGCUUACGACAGCUCGGCCACAAUUUGCGAUCCAAGCUAUGUUUUUCAAUAUGGCUCCCAGCAGUGGGGCUUGAUAGCUUCGCUUGAGCGUAUCCUGAUGGAGAUAUAUCUUUUCCUUGGCUAUUUGGUUGUCUCACCCGACUACGAAGGGCCGGAUGCUGCAUUUCCCGUAGGCAGGCUCGAGGGCAAAGCUGUGCUCGACGGAAUGAGAGCUGUCAAUAACUUUGCCAGCGUGCUUGGUUUCGAAACCAAUGAUCCCAUGAUUGUUGGUACGGGAUACUCCGGCGGGGCAAUUGCUACAGGCUGGGCGGCUGCUCUUCAGCCUACUUACGCACCAGAGCUCAACGUCAAAGGGUGGGCGCAGGGCGGCACCCCAGCAAACCUUACCGGUACUUUGGAAACAAUCGACGGUACUGUGUUCGCGGGUUUUGGGCCAGCUGCAGUUGUCGGUCUUUCCCAGCCUAGCACAUUUGGUGCUCAGCUCAAGCCUCUAAUCAACAGCAUCGUCACAGAGGCGGGAGCUGAAGCACUUGAAUUCGCUAGUCAACAAUGCGCCGUGUUGGAUUUGCUAAAUUUUGUUGGCCAAAGUGUGCAAAGCACCAAAUUUCAAAGCCUAGGGACAGGGUUGUUAUACAAUCCGAUCGUCGCAGACAUUCUCGAGCAAUGCAUCAUUGGUCUCGACCCCGCGGAAACACCCCAUGUGCCGACCUUUGUGUACCAUGCCAUAAAGGAUGAAAUCAUUCCAUAUGCAAAUGCUUCGAGCAUGGUCAAUAGAUGGUGCAGCAACGGCGCUGAUUUGCAGUUUACAACUUAUGAUGCAGGUGGACACGCCACCACCCUGGUCAUUGCGUUGCCAGCCGUUGUUUCAUUCAUUGAGAACGCAUUUGCAGGGACGACAGGGUUGAGUGGGUGCACCAUGAAUACUGAGUUAACGAACUCGCUAGAUCCACUCGCUUUAGGCCUCGAUCUGGAGCCACUACUGGUGACUUUGGUCGAUGCCUUGCUGGUUUUAGGAAAUGAUGAUGAAAAUGUAAUAAAUGAUAUUCAAAUUCUUCAGCAGACUAUUGGAUAA